CUAGCCGAUGAGGUGCAUGGCAUGCCCGAGUCGAGGGUAUUUGAGACCGUUGCAAAGCGAUGGUACGGGUUGCGGUCAGGGCCUAUCCGUGCCGGUGAUCUCAUGGCGACGAAAGACUCGAGUGAGGGAGACAAAGAUGUAGCGAACCUGUCAAUCCUCGUCGAAGAUGAGUCAACUAACUGCGGCGCCAAUGCGUUGAAGACGAAGGAGAUGUUGGAUGCGGCGGGGAUCACGGCGCCGCGGUCAAUCAUUGUGGUGCAGGAUCUUGAUCCGACAAUGUCGCGGCGGACAGUGGCGUCUUUCAAUAAAGCGUAUCUUCGUGGCCAAGAGAUGGAUGUGGAUGAGACCGUUCCGAAGGUGGUGGCUUGGCCGACACUCGUACCGGAGGUU